AGCGCAUCGCCCCGUCAAUCCCCUCAUCGGCGAACAGAGAGGGAGAGAGAGAGAUAGAGUGUGCGAAUUUGUCGUCACAUCGCGCGUCUUCUACGGUCCACAACCACGACCUACUCGCAAUCGGUAGUCUGAGCGGUAUCUCCAGUACCGAAAACGACCCGCGCCCGCGGCUGCGAAUCGGCCGCUCGGUGCCGCGGUACGAUUUUCCAGAGCGGCGCCGCAAGAACAGGUUGAAGGAAGCGUCGUCAGGCCCCGCGCUCAACCUAUAUUUUCGUACAUACAUGGCAGGGCCAUGUAACCUAUGCUAAUGAAGUGUAGCAAAUGGAAGGUUUUAAGGUGAAAGAUGAACCGAUGGAUGCAUUAGCCAUAGACAGUCAGGUUAUGGUAAACUUUUUGUAUGAAACGGCAGCAGGAUGAGAACAUUGUGAGCGUCGUGCUUAAAGAGGAACCAGGCGACAGAUUCGAUCCAGACUACAUGGAGGAUAUUUGCUCAGGCACUUUUGAGAAGGGCGCUCUGUUUUUGCCUAUCGAAAACAAUGAGGUGGACUUCUCCAAUGAGAUGGUGAAGUUGGAGCUAGAGGGAGAAUCAACCAGUCAUCAGAACUGGUCGCAAAUAGCAAAUACUAAUUUAUGUGACAAGGAUGAUGGUGUGAUGCAACGAUGCUUAACUAAUACAAAUUUCAUGCAAACGCAAGACUCAGACAAACAUGGAUUUUGUCAGAACGGGCAGCAACCAAAAUUUUACAAGAUUCAAUGUUCAAUCUGCAAGAAAUGGUUUCUCAACAAUGAUUCCAUGGUGACACAUCUGCGAACGCACUGUAGUGGAAAUCAAUGCGAAGUUUGUCAACAAAGUUUUACUGACAAUUCUAGCCUGCAUGCCCACAUGUUAUCUCAUGUUGGAAUGAGUCCAUUAGAGUGCAACAUUUGUCAAAAAAAAUUUGCUUAUAAAUGGAGCUUAAGAAGUCACAUGCAGUUGCAUGUGCUGGAUAAACCGUACGAUUGCGACGCAUUGCAACAGGCUUUCAUGAAGCGAGCUGGAAUGAAUGAGCAGAUAAUGCAAAUGGAGGACAGGCCCUUUGAGUGUGACGUAUGUCAUGUGACAUUUAAGGAGAAGAUUAAUUUGAAUCGGCACAUGUCUAACCAUACAAACACAGAUAAACUCUAUAAAUGUACGAUUUGCUUCGAAGCGUUCAAGGAGAAAGCAAAAUUGAACAUGCAUUUGCCGCUGCACACAGGGAACAAGCAUUUUAAGUGUACGUUGUGUCACAGAUCAUUCGCCCAGAAAACCGCGCUUAACAAUCACAUGUUGGCGCACAGCGGUGAAAAACCGCACGCGUGUAACAUUUGUGAGAAAACCUACAAAAGAAAAUCAGAAUUGAUCAGGCAUACUAUGGUUCACACCGGCGAGAGACCAUACGAAUGUAAAGAGUGCUUGAUGACUUUCCGGGAGAAGGCCAAACUGAAUUCUCACAUGUUAGUUCAUACGGGGGAGAAACCACACGAAUGUCACAUAUGUCACAAGGCGUGCGCAAGGAAAUCGGAUUUAAACAGUCAUAUGCUGUUACACACUGGCGGUCAGUACGAUUGCAAGGUUUGCGACAAAAUUUUCACUAGAAAAUCGGAUCUAAAUCGGCACACUUUAAUACACACCGGUGAGAAACCGUUUGCGUGCAAUAUGUGCGAUAUGGCAUUCAGGGAAAAAACGCGACUGAACUCACACAUGAUCAUACACACGGGCGAUAAACGUCACGCGUGUCAUAUCUGUCAGAAAACGUUCAAGGAAAAAUCAUCGUUAAGGAAACACAUGUUAAGUCACACCGGCGACAGACCGCAUGAAUGUUAUGUCUGCCAUAAAACUUUCACACAGAAGUCGACGUUGAACAGUCACAUUCUGGUUCACGCCGGUGAGAGACCAUUUGAAUGUAGUACUUGUCAAAAAAUAUUCAAGGACAAAGCGGCGUUGAAAAAGCACUUGCUAGUGCACGUCAACGAAAAAACUCACGAAUGUCUUAUUUGUAUGAAAAAAUUCGCCCAUAAAACAGCAUUGAAUAGUCACCUGUCCUCAAAUCACAUAUCCUAACUACACGGAUCUAGUCUAUUACGGCUUUCUGUUUCUUUACAUUGAGCACCGUAUGUUUGUAGUUGUAUAGCAUAUUUCCAUGAUGACACCUAUAUCUGUUUUAUAUGCCAAUAGGUCUAAAGUCGUAUUUUUUCCUGUGUAUGGACAAAUAAUAAAUUAAUUUCUAAGUAA